AUGUCACCUGUGACGUGCGGCGCUCGCGAACGCUCAAAAUCCGCGGUCUCUUCCCGCGCUUUAAAUACUUCGCCAUUGGACCGCUCCGACUGUCAGAGACACAAACAGAGGAUGAAGCAUAGCAGUCGAGCAACGAGCGCAGUUGUCUCCGGCGAAGGUCACGGCAGCGUCGCCGAUCACAUGGAGGGGGAGGAGCAGCGCUCGAUUCGGUUCCCCCGUUACGGAAUUCAAGAGGAGUCCAUCUUCGUCGCCGCUCUGACGCAUGUCAUCUCCGGCCAGCCUUUCUCCGGCUGCGAAGUGCUCCUCCAAUCCGUCACCUGCGGCGUCUGCGGCAUCGCCGGCUGCCUCGGGUGCGACUUCUUCGUAUCAUCGGCCGCCGACGCGCCUGGAGAGCAGGGGAGAGGAAGGAGGAAGAGGAUCAAGAAGUGCAAGUACAGGGGGGUGCGGCAGCGGCCGUGGGGGAAAUGGGCGGCGGAGAUCCGCGACCCGCAUCGGGCGGUGAGGAAGUGGCUGGGGACGUUCGAGACGGCAGAGGAGGCGGCGCGGGCUUACGACGCAGCUGCCAUUGGGUUCCGCGGCUCGCGCGCCAAGCUCAAUUUUCCGGUGUCCGAAGGAUCGAGCCAGUCGUCCUCAUCAAUCUCGAACUCGAAUGCUUCCUUGCCGGAGAACAAGGAGCGGCAAUCCAUCAUCGGAUGGCACGAUCAGAUACAGAGCGCGGUGGCGACGCAGGGGAAGGAGGAAUGGGCGGAGGUGUGGACUGGGUUGCCGGAUUUGGUGACGUUGGACGAUCGAGACCUCUGCAACUGGGUUCUUUGACCUUGAGGUUGAAGAACAAAUGUGCAUUCGUUCGCUGGUUUGCCGUUUUGACUUUUGGGAGUCAAACACACUAGACUUCACUUUUUUUUUUUAAAAAAAAAAGUGUUUUUAAAUGUGUUUUUUUCUCUCUUGUAUAAUGAUAAAUUUUCAAUUUACCCAAUAGUUUUAUA